AUGGUGAGUUGGUUACAAUUAUUCCCUCUCAUAUUUGAAAACAUCAAGCAAGACUUUGUUGCAAACUUUGUCAAGCGAUUACCACUACUAUUAGUUAUAGAUCCAGACUCAUUUGAGCCUCCAUUCACCAACGGAUUGAAUGACUUUCUCGACAUGGUCAACUUAACUUCUAUUGCUGAUUUACAACAUUUAAACAUUACAGUGAGUAAUAAAGAUUUGAUAUACUACACAAUCAUUGAAUAUGGAAUCCUCCUACUAUCUAUUGUAUUUGCUGGGUUUGAUAUAUUGUACAGCAUGCUACGACUUUGCAUUAGUGCAGUUGUGAUUGGAGGUUUAGUCUCUGUGAUUGGGUUUUGUACCAUUUGGUUGAUUGUCACAUUAAAUAGAAGAUGGAAGUUAAUUGCCAUGAUUAUUAGAGAUAACGAGUUUGAAGGAGUGUGGUAG